UGCGUCAUACGCCAGCGCCGGAAAUUGACUGCGACGCCUGGACGAUUGGGGUUCUGUUUGGAAACGCGGGGAAAAGUCUCUUUACCGUAGAGGUACUAGGAAUGGACACCCAGAAGGACGUUCAACCCCCAAAGCAGCAGCCAAUGAUAUAUAUCUGUGGAGAAUGUCACACAGAAAAUGAAAUAAAAUCUAGGGAUCCAAUCAGAUGCAGAGAAUGUGGAUACAGAAUAAUGUACAAGAAAAGAACCAAAAGAUUGGUGGUUUUUGAUGCUCGAUGAAACAUGGGAAUUCAGAGGAGUGUCUUCCUUUGUACUUGGAUUUGACCCUUUAAUGUUUCUCAUUGUUGUACAGCUUUUCAUUUAGCACACUUAUGAAUACAAUUAUAUACAUAUGA